AUGGAGAACGGAGAAAGACCUGCAAAGAAAGUGAGGUUUUCAACCCACCAGGUCAAUGAAAUGGCCAGGGGAGGUACAUCUGCUACAGCAGAACAUUUUCAAGCUGAGGACAGGGUGAAGAAGCACACUUUGGACAGUGAUGAGGAGGAUAACGACUAUGAUCCCAAACCCAUGGACUCUAAAAAGGUAUAUUUUCUGCUUUCUUUGUUUGAUUUUAAGUUUAUAUUUGAGAUUUUCGGUAUCAGAAGGGAGUUUAAUAUCACAAGGAGAAUUUAGAAUGCUUUCAUUCUAUAGUUGUGUAAAAUUAGGUUUUUAGGUAGAAGGGCAAGAAGCUGCAACGUUAGAAUACGAUGGAGACAUUAAGAUCAUGCCAUUCAACAUGAAAGAAGAUCUUGAGGAAGGUUAUAUUGAUGAAGAUGGAGCAUAUGUACAUAAGAAGGACAAGGAGGAGAUUCAUGAUCAAUGGUUGGACAGUGUUGAUUGGGAUAGUGUUAAGCAAAAGGCUGGUGAUCAAUGGCACAAUAUUGUAGGUUUUUUAAAAGGGAUUUAAGGGGACUUAACUCGUCAUUUUCACUUUAGAUAUUAAAGAUUUUUUAUUUUUUAUGGAAAUUUAAAGUUUAUAGCCAAAAUAUAAUUGUUAUCUUCCUAUUUUUAGGUAUAUUUAUAUAUCAACAUUAAUUUUUUUAGGAAGACGAUGAAGAUGACGACGAAGCGCCAAAGAUUGAUGGUAUUGCAGCUUGUGAAAAGGUACUAGAAUAUCUGGAAACAGACGAAUCUACAGCGGCAACGGUCUUGAAGAAGAUAAAUUCGGAGAAAAGUACGCUUAAAUUUAUAUAGUUAAUGAUUUUAGGUGUUAAAAUCUUUAAUUGUAUUUUUACAUAAUAUGUUUUCUUUAAUAGUUCUCUUUAUAUUUUAGGUAAUAAAUCAGAAUAUAUUUUCUUUAGAUUUGUCAGCAGCAGAAGAACGAAAACUCAGAUGGGCGGCAAAGAAAGCUGGCAAGGAGUUUAAAAAUGAAAAGUCUGAAGAAGCCAAAGCCCUAACUGGUGCUAUUGACGAUCUGAUCUCAUUGGGACACAUGGAAGCCUACUCUUUCAAUAAAGCUCAAAUCAUAGAAAUUCUAGAAGACCUCGAACGGAAAGUAAGGCUGGAAAGAAGGAAACGUCAAGCUGAAGAUGAAAAGAAGCAGAGUGAAGUUCAGGAGAAGAAGUUAAAGGUCAGUAACGAGUUACUGGCAGAUCUGCAGUCAGCUUUUGAUGAUGAUGAAGAAGAAGAAGGUGAAGAUGCUCAAGAAAACACAAAUGAAGCCGAAGUCUAA